AUGGCGCCGCCACGUUGUAUCGUUGCUGUCAAACCACAAGACAAACCAUCAGAAAUCGAGCUCCAAUUCUCGCAUUUGAAAUACGCGGAACUAUACAGCAAGUUCCUCGAUCGAAAAAAACAAGACGGAAAUGGCUUCUCUUUCACUACUGAUCUCUUUCGACGUACUAUCUGUGUGCAAACCGACAUAGCAAGAUCUGACGAAGCCAAUGAAUUUGUCUUUGACGAUAUGCAAGACGCUAGCCGUUGGGCAGAGGCUAUAGGACUUUGCAGAGUAUCGGGACAGACAGUAAGCAUUCUCGAAGAGAUAGAACCGGCUGAGUUCAAGGAACUGCUUCAUAUUCCCCCGUCAGAGUGGAACAGAAUUUGGGGAUCGGCAGUUGAUGCAGCCCGGUUCAAGGGAUCGAUGGUCGGCACUAGGGUUUCACCCAUGAAGAGUGAUGACCUAAAGAGUGAAGAGGAUACAUCUAUCAAGAGUCGGUUCAUGGGUCUUUUCUCUUUUGGAAGCAAAUAA